AUGCCUCACAAGCACAAGCGCCGAGAGCACGAUGAAGCUCACUUCAAUCUUCCACCUUCGAUGAUCGCAAAAUCGCUCCCAACCCGCGAUCCAAAUGCUAAGCCCAAGGAUGGUAAAAAUGGAAAGAAGGGCAAAAAUGGCAAGAAACAGCCACAGCAAAAUCCACAGAAAUCAGGCGGCAAACAACCAACUGGACCCGCCACUAGUCGUCGAAAGAGCAACAAAGAAGACGAUACCCCGAAAGCCUUCCAGCGAUUAAUGCAGUACCAAACAACAGGCCGGCGGGCGCCUUCUGGUCUGGAAACGGGCGAGAAGAAAGAGAACAAGAAGCGAAAGCGGGAGGCAGCGGACGAAAAUGAUGCAAAGAGUGCAAAGAACGCAAAGAGCAAAAAGCCUGCUGCAACACUUUCUGAGCAGGCCGCGGCGUCUGGCGUCGAUGCUAAGAACGCCAUACCCAAGAUUUUACCCGGUGAAAAGCUUUCUGAUUUUGCGGCGCGUGUUGAUCGUGCACUCCCGCUUUCGGGAAUGACGAAGUCAGCUGGUGGUGCUAAGUCGAAGGAUCACAAGAUGACGAAGCAUGAGAAGCAUCUUCGACGAUUGCAGGAAGGAUGGCGAAAGGACGAUGCGCGGAUCAAGGAGAAGGAACAGGCUGAGCGGGAAGAGAGGGAGUUUGAGAUGGCUGAUGAGUUGGAGUUGUUGAAGUCGUGGGAGCAGGAUAUGCGAGGUGGAAAGGCUAAGAAGAAGCAGCCUGUGAAGAAGAGCGGUGGCGAUGAUGGCAGUGACAACGAUGAUCCUGAUCCCUGGGCGAAGCUGAAGAAGCGUGAUAAGGAGCGCAAGGCUAAUCCGUUUGAGGUUGCUGAAGCGCCGCCUACGUUGUCGAAGCCCAGAGAAAUCUUCAAGGUUCGCGGAGGGGCCAAGGUUGAUGUCGCCAAUAUUCCCAAUGCGGUUGGUAGUUUGAGGCGGCGCGAGGAACUCGCUGGAGAGAGAAGGAGCAUCGUGGAGGAGUACAGACGCUUGAUGGCUGCGAAGCGAGGUGAAUAG